AUGGAGAGGAAGCGGCUGAUCCAAGAGGGCCUCGCGAAGAGAGCGUUCCCCCCUCGCGUGGCGUACCCGGAGCUCAGCAACCUUUGGGUCCCCGAGGCUACGUGCCGUGGCCAGAAACCUGCGUGCGUGGACAUCGAGGGAAAACAGGUCUUGCUGUACAUCAAGUAUCAGUGCGCUGGCAGCGCGCGAACAUGCUUCUCUACGAUUUCGCCUGAAUAUCUCCAUUCUAAUGUCGAAGCCAUGGUGCACUUCUCGUAUAUAUUAGGCUCCAAGUCCGGCUAUUCCAAGCCGCUCCUAGACAUGAUUCACGACGGGAUGAUGUCCCCCAACCACCUGAAUCGCGUUCGCCGUCUACGACUGUCUAAUCCGGACUACGUGGCGCCAACACCACCUACUGUGGCGGAGUACUGCGCUUCAAAAGCUGUCGUAGACACCAAGGUUCUCACUGCGGCGUGGAUGGAGACUACAGCCAUGUAUGGACCGCUCUGUGAGCUUUUGAUGCAGAAAAUGUCGGUAAGAAAGGUGCUUCGCGUGGACCAUUCUGCGAAGUUCUGUAAGAAGUUGAAGGUUUGGGACGGGCUGGGGCAGCGUACAAGCAUCUCGGACGCUAAGUUACUUCUUUUGAUCCAAAACGAAGUUGGCCAGAUUGUGGGACGUCGACUUACAAGUGACAACGCCAAUGGAGUGCGUGGGAUGGUGCAGCACACGUUUGGCGGAAGAGUAGAUGUGAAGCAGGAUCCGUUCCAUGUCAUGAUGCGAGUCAAGGAGAAGCUAGCCAGCGCAGCGAAGAAGAAGUGGAUUUCGAAGGAGCUGAUGAGCGCCAUGUACACGGUGGAGCGACGGCUUCGUCCACCUGAGGAAAUGGAAAAAGAAUUUCGUCGUGUUGCGAGCCUCGUGCGCCUAGUGAUCUCUCAUGCUCGGAGGCGACGUGGCAGGGCUGUAUUGACAGCAACGCCGCGCAGAUCAAGAACGGAGAUUUGUUUGUGGAGAAUAACGACUACGCAGAAGCCCACACUACGACACGAGUCGUCGCUACGAGUCAGCUAG